UAGUGUAGGCUAUCAUGUCUAAAGGGGAAUGUUCAUACAAUGAGGCUCUGUGUAGGAGCUCCACUAUUGCCUCGGUGCACUACACGGACAAACGAUUGUCAAUGGACUAUUUGCGACGGAUUUCAAUCGGUUUCUGCAACGGCUCCCUGCGUUUAGACUGCGUGCUUUUUUGACUUGUAAUUUGCAACCAGAUUCCUCUUAUCCGGAUGGAGAGAGAAAGACAGAGAGUGAAAGGACUCAUUUCCAAACAAAAAUGCCGUGAGUCUUGAAGUUAAGUGGAUUUUGUGUCUUUGUCGAUUCACCUAAUUUGGCGACCAGUCUCUCACUUUGAAUUUUUAGUUGGCAGUCUCACUCUCUUUUGACUAUUUCAAAGGAGGUGGACAUUAGAGAUAAAGUAAGAUGACAGUGUGGCGGGGAUGUAUCCAUCGGUGAAACUGAAGUUGUGCGUGCUAUGGUUUUGAAUCAUCCAAGGGUUUUAUAUUGAAUAUUAUUCAUCUGUGAGCAGAGGUCGAGUGGUUAAGCAAGAGCGGAUUCAUUCCAGCUGUGAAUCCCUGAGCCUUUUAUGUUUGUAAAUCAUUCCAGUAUUAAUUAUAAGCUGACAUAGCACCCCUGAGGAAGAAAUCACUAAUCAAAUUAUCUAACACUGGGACUUUAUAAUGUCUCUGUGGUGCCCAGUCUGAGUUUAUAGUGACCUUAUCUCACUUAACAGGAUUUUUUUUUUUUUUUUUUUUGACACCAUAACAUUUACCGUCAGUUAAUUGUGAUAUAUCCUUCAUAUAUCAUAGGCUACGUCGUCUCUUUAUCUCGAGUGACUUUGUGCGUGCAGUCUACUAUUUUUCUUUUCCACAUGGGAUCAUAGCUGAGUCCAUACGUCUUGUUUUCUUCCAUGCUCUACUGUGGUCCAUCAAAAGCUCCGUGGACCUCAGUCUCUAUAAACUUGCCGGGGACCUGCGGGCAUGGGAGAAGCGACCCCAGCUCAGUCCGCUGCAGGGGCAUUCGUACCCAUGUUGGGUGUUGGUUUAGGAUCUAUGUCCGGUGUGGUUGGCAACGGCCCGGUGGUGGCCACCUCCAGAGGCUCCGCGGUGCCACAGCUGCACAACGCCAUAGUGGAGCGUUUGCGCGCCCGCAUAGAGCUGUGCAGAAGGCACCACUCCACCUGCGAGAACCGCUACCAAAGGGGUCAGGCCGAGACCUCGGACCGAGAGCACGAGAGUACGCUUCACCUUCUUAACAUAGUCCACCAAGGGCCUGGGAACCGAAAGGCCAAGGUCAGCCGGGGCUCGACCCAGCAACCUCCAGAGUACAGCAGCAGGGCCAACGGAGAGCAGAAGGGCUCAGAGGGCGACCAGAAGAUUUCCACACGCAUAGCGCUUCAAGGAUCUUUGCGCAGGAAGAUCGAGGGACAUGCACCAGGACAUGCGCCAAAGCAGAAUGGCCUCUCGUGUGGCUUCUCUGGAUCAGACUUUAAGCGAGUCCGUGUGGACACCGGUGGUCUGGGACAUGGGUCAUGUAACCAUAACUUAACCCAGUCUCAUUCUCUGCAAGGGUCCUCAACCAUGGGCAUGCAGAGGAAGAAUUACAUGAUGCCCCAUGGAGUGGGGUCAGACAUAUUCAGUAUGACCCUGAAAGAAAUGAAAAAAGAGCCUUCUGAGGUUCAGUCUUGUGGCCAGUCAAAUGCAGAGAUGAUUUUUGACUUCAAAGAUGAAGGUGGUGGACAGAUCGACCCAGAGCUCCAGGAUCUGUUUGAUGAGCUGACAAAGACAGUGCCCCCGCUGAACGAUCUGGACUUUGAGAAGAUGCUGAAGCAGGAUGAUACGUUCGGUUUGGAUCUAGGUCGGCCAAGCUCUGCAGGAGCAGCAGCCAGUUUGUGUUCCCCAAUGGAGAAGCCGAUAAAGACGGAGCACUCCCCAGAUUUUGGCCACGUUCACGGUGGCUCACCACAGCUUCGACCAGCCUCAGCAGGGCCCUCUUUCACAUUGACCAGCACCUCUUCUACCACCACGUCGCAGAAAGCUAACACUCAGACAGGACACCCGAGAGGCAUGUCUUGCUGGCCAGAAAUAUCCCACGCAGAGCAGCUUAAGCAGAUGGCAGCAAACCAGCAACAGCCAAGCUCUCUGCUCCAUCACCACCACCAAACACCACCUGCAGGAUUGACCAGCUGGGUCACUGCCAUGAGUACCCACUCUACCACCAGCUCCUUCCCCCAGGACAAGGUCUCCACCCCAGCCCCGCCUAGCCAGCAGAGAAUUGGCUCCCAGAGUAAAGGGAUCAACAACUGCCUCUUCAAGUCAAAUGGCCACAAUGGUUCCCAUCAUUUGGACAUGAAGGUUCUCAGCACCAAGCCCACGUUGCACUUCAGCCCCAAAGCACCCCAUUCUGCCAGCCAGCAGAUGCCUAUGAUGGCAAGUUCAGUGAGCAAGACUUCAACCCAGCAGCAGCAACAACAUUCACCAUCAACUGGCCAGAAUCAGCCACAUUCAGCUCUCCACUUCCAAAACCAACAGAUCUCCACGUCAGCGGCUCUUUGCCUGGAGCCCAAGUCUGUUCCCCUGCAUGGAGCAGGGCUGCCAUUCAAACUGUCACAACAGCAACAGCGACAGGGUGUUCCUCCUGGUCCGAGGCUGCCCACUAACGGAAACUUAGGGGUCAUGUCAACCCAGUCGCAGCCACGACCCCCAGCACCCAACAGCCAGCAGAAAGGCCCAGUCAAAACUCAGGCUAUGCAGAGACAACUUAACCAACAACAGCACACCAUCAGCAAUUCAGACAAAGACAAUACACAUGAUCAGUUCAGUCGUCAUCUCACAAGACCACCACCUGAUUACAAGCAGUCAAGAAGUAUGGUGGGAGUUCAGCAAGGAAACAUCUUCACAGGUCAAAACUCCUCCCAAUCUUCCAGCAAUGGCCCUGAGAGUGACCUACAGUCCAUGUCUUGUCACCUCCCAAGUGCGUCUGGUUCAAAGAUUAGUCCUUCACCAUUAGACCGCAGAUUUGGUAUCGGGACAGACUGUCAUCCGAGUUCUUGUAUUGGCCAAUUCCAGCAGCAUAAUGAUCAGAAUCGAAUCGGACUAAAUCAAAAUAAACCUAGGUUCCUAGGGCCAAACACGCAAAGAAAUUCUUUUGGGAUGAACAAUGUAGCAGGUGUACAACACCCAAGAACAACAGCUGACCUACAUUCCUCUGGGGUACCAGGACAGGGUCUCGGAGGCUUAUUGACAAAUGUCAACAUGGGCUGGGGCUCAGCCAACAAGCAAGUGACAACUGGACUCGGUAUUAGGCGCCUACCCAACCCACUACAGUCUCAGGGUGCGCAGCUGGACAUGCCAAACCAUCCGUACCAACAGAGGCACAUCGGCCCUCCCAAUCAGGUAGCACCAGAUAUCAGGAUGCUCCCUCUUAACCCCUCAAUAAGAGACACAGGUCCAAGACCGAGCCAGUCAAUGCUAGGCUCUCCAUCAGCAGGGGGAAACCUGAACCAAUCUUCUCCUGAACAGAGGGUACCAGCAGGCAACUUUGCAGAGGCCAGUCCCAGUUCUAGCAGCUACCAGAAUAAUCGGGCCAACCGUCUGACCUUUGACUUCCUCCCAGAGGGAGACAACACAGUUCCAGGGAUCAACACAGACUCAGACUUCAUAGACUCUCUGCUCAAGUCUGGCUCUGGGAAUGAUGACUGGAUGAAAGAUAUAAAUCUGGAUGAGAUUCUGGGCAGUCACUCGUGAAAUUGUUUCACACAUUAGUAAAAAUUGACCUGCAGCUCAAAUUAUAGAGGGUAUAGAUGUGAGGUGUAAGGGGUAACAUUUGUAAAUAAUGUUUAAAUGGAAUUUUAUAAACCCAUAUUAUUUGUUUUCCAAGUAUACUGUAAUGUUUUGUAUUGUAUUUACUGUGAAAGGAAUUUGUGUUCCGUCCUGUACUCGGCAUAUUUUAUUCCUGGUAUAUUGGCCAAGAAAAUGCUUUUCUUUACAGUCACUGUUUUUGUGAUCUGUUUGUCAUAUUCAUGCUGUAGUGCUGUCGUAUAGGAUAAAAUACCAAAUUCACACUGUGAAAAGAAAACAUUGCUGUGUUGCUUUCAAGUUCAUCUUGGUAUUCAAAGCUAAGUUUCUAAAUCUGCAUCCACUAUUUAGCAUGAUAUGGUAUUUACCUGCAGAUGGUUUGCUACCAUACGCAGAAAAUCUUGCCACAACAAAUGUUUUCUUACUCAUUGUUCAAGCUUUUUCAUCUGUGGUAGUUUUGGAUGUGAUUUAAAUAAUGUAACCAUUCAUUUUGUGAUAUUUAAUAAAUAUUGGGAUAGUAAUGAGACAUUAUAAUACAUGUAAUUAAUAAAACUGAUUU